AUGCAUUUAGUGGGUAUAUCUGCAAUAUUUCUGAUUUCCGAGAGCAAAUAUUGCGCCAUCAAUGGUUUCCUGAAAGGCUUGGUGCGAAAUGAUCUUACACCUUACGAGAAGUACAUUUUGAAUAAGAAAGACGAGAAACCUCCGAUUUUGCUGGACGAGUUCCCGGAUGAAAGCUGCACGGUUUAUCAGAAGAUCCUUAACAUGCACAACGAGAUCACUAUUAUAGUUAGAUCAUUGAACAACGUCUGCGGUUACGAUCUGACCAUGUACAUGGCUAUUGUCACAUUCUCGAUGCUCUCGUUCAUUUACGAUAUCUGCAAUGAUCUGGCUUUAAACGUGAAAGGUGUCGAAUUACCUCCGAGGACCAUCUACGCCCCGGAGUAUUGGAGUUUAAUCGGCGUUUUCGUUUUGAUGAUUGUCAUUACCUCAUCUUCGAAACUAAUGGAUACUUCUAAUGAGACCAAAAUCUAUCUACACCAACUUCGGAACACCUACCCUCAAUUACAGGAGCACGUGGAAUCAUUUUCUUUGCAACUGAUGCAGGCGCAGCUAAAAAUCAACGCAGCUAAAUUUUUCACCAUUCACGUUGGAAUCAUGUACAAUUUGGCGAGUGCUUGGAUUACUUAUAUCAUUAUUUUUAUGCAACUUGACACUGACAUUGCAACAGUGGACAACGAUUGA